UGUGCAUUAAGCAUUCAUUAUGUUAAUGCAUCUUUGUUCAAUUGCUCAUUAUCUGACAGAAUCACUCUCCAUUCUGAAUUCUGGAGUGAAUUCAGACUAUAAAAGAACGACCAUCAGCUCACAGACACCAUCAUCUACUGAUGAACAUCUUCAAGCCACGGUCUGAUCCAGCAUACAACUGUUGCUCAAUAAACAGCAUUCACUGCAGCUUCCCCAGUCGUCUCGCUCCUUAACGGACAACCGACAGCAUAGCCGUGGAAAAUGUGACGCUGAAAGUUCUCCUUUGACUUCCUCGUGGAAGAAGAAUCGCAAACCAACUGAACUGGCCAAGUUCUGUCAUAAAUUGCUUGCUCUCAGGAAUUUGUGAAACAAUGGAACAACAUAACAUCAGCAUCGGAAUCAAUGAGGAGUGGGAGAAUUUUCUAAGGAAACAAGAUUAUGCAUACUUUGUAUUUGUCAGUGUCCUUUCAGUCGUUGAGAUCCCAGUCAUGAUCUUAACUCUGAUCGCCUUGUGUUUCAUCAUCAAAUCUCGGCCUGCUGCUUCAGUUUUUGUUAGUCAUUUGAUACUUUCAGAUCUCAUACAGGUCAUUUAUAUGUUAAUAAAAACAGCAAUCUCACGGUCAUAUAAACUGUAUACUGCAUAUUUCUAUUCUUUGAUUGUGGGUCUGUAUUUUAUGGCAUGUGUUGCUUUUGAACGAUAUCUUCUGGUUUCUCAUCCUAUCUGGUACAAAUCUCACCAGUCACUCAAACUCUCCUGUUUUAUUUCUGUGAUCAUCUGGUUUGUGCCUCUGAUCUUUGCAGAAAUAGACCCCCCUGAUAUUUAUUUUUAUACUCUACCCCUGUGUAUAGCGUGUUUAAUUCCCUACCCCAUCAUCAUUCUCUGUUUUGCUGGCACUUGGCGAGGUCUUUCUCGCGCAAUAUCAAUGACUCCUCUGAAGCGCAAAUUAAUUUUGGGCAGUUUGUUCCUGGUGCUGUUGACUUACACAUUUCUCAUUCUGCCUUUUCUGAUUCUGGAAUUUAUUACAGACUUUGUUUACAGUAUUGUUGUUGUGAAAUUUUACAGAUGUGCACGAUUGCUCGUGUAUGUGAAUCCACUUGCUGACUGUUUGCUGUAUCUGUUCAUGAGGCCUGAUGUUGGUGAUUUAAUGAAGUCUGUUCGCUGCUGUCGUAGAUAUCAGAGAUCGAAUCACAACCGGGACGAACACUCUGUAGUGAAUCCACAGAACAGCUGCUGUACUGUAGUGUGCUGUAUUUCAGCUCAAGAGCCUGCAUCUCAUUCACUGAACACCUGCAGCACAGUUUAACCUGCUGAUAAAUGAGCUGAAAAACACUGAGCUACUGUAUAUUUAAAUUAAGUCAAGGUCCAUUUUUAAAUUCAAACACUUAAUUUUAAGAAAAUUGAGGUUUGUUUAUUUAUAAAACAAUUAGUAAACUGAAUUUUAUUUUAAAAAUAAAGAAAGAAAAAGAAAAGAUAAUUUUGUGUUUCUGAUUCUGCUGACUGUGUAGUAGCAGUAAGUAAUGGAGAGGAGGGUUAUGACUGACAUAAUCUAGUGGAGCUAAGGUUUUACAUUAAAUGUAUUAAAGAAAAGUACGUUAGAGGUUAUUAAGUGAACUUUAUAAAAUAUUAAGCAGCACUAGAAAAUUACAUGGCAAUCUGUAGAGUUUGAUGAGCUGGAAU